AUGGAUGACUUGCUGAAUCUUGAGCUUUUGUCCCUUGUUUCAAAGGUGACAUCAGAAGUGCAGAACCAUCUGGGUGUUGGCGAAAAGACUGUAGCUGAAUUCCUGAUUGCCAAACGUACAGAAUGCAAUAGUUUCGACGAAUUCCGCGAUAACCUCGAGACGUCCACUCCCGGUUUGCCUCCUAGUCUUGUUGAAAGUAUAGACCGACUGGUGCUCGCUCUGCAUCCCAAGUUUAAAGGCAAAGCAAAAGACGAACAAAAAGAACACCCCUCCCGAACCCUUCAAGAAAAAGAAAAGGUCUUUAGCGGCCUUGCGCUACCUGACAAGGAACCUGCGCGCGACGAUGGAGCCGAUGCCAUUGACGAUACCCUCGCGCUCUUGGAGGGCCUAGAACCAAAGGCGAAAAAGGAAAAACCCACGAGAAAACGGAGCCGAAGCCCUGAGAACGAUCAAAAAGAGUCUAGGAGAAGGCGAAGAGAUAGAUCCCGCUCGAGGGAACGACGAAAACGAGACAAGUAUCGGUCAAGGUCACGAUCACAAGAACGAGGCGAUGAAGAUUGGCGCGACGGAUACCGCGAUUCGCGCAAAGAUCGACGAGGUCGCAAACGACACGACGAUGACGAUCGAUUCCGCAACGCCCCGGCGCCCGAAGUCGAUGAUUCACCGCAGCUUCACAAGGUCUACCAAGGUCAUGUCACAGGUCUGAAAGACUUUGGUUGCUUUGUCAACUUGCAUAAUGUGAAAGGACGAGUUGAUGGUUUGGUUCACGUGUCUCGAAUGUCUACAGGGCAGCGCGUCAAUCAUCCUUCCGAUUUGGUGACGCAGGGACAGGAAGUCUGGGUCAAGGUUACGAGUCUUGACAAGGACCAGAACGGCCGCGAUCGAGUGGGAUUAUCGAUGAAGGAUGUUGAUCAGCAGAACGGACAGGACCUGGAGCCACAGGUUCGCAUGUCGACGGGCGCCAACAUGGAAGCACUGGGAGGAGGCGCAAGGGACGGAUUUGCAGAGCCAAGCGGAAUGCCUCGAAACGAUAUGGGUCCCCCACGACGACAAAAGAAGCGAAUGACUUCUCCUGAAAGAUGGGAGAUUCGACAAUUGAUCGCAUCCGGAGUGGCCAAGGCUUCUGAUUAUCCCGACCUGGAGGAAGACUACAACGCCACUCUCCGCGGCGACGGCGAGCUGGAGCUGGAAGAGGAUGUCGACAUUGAAGUCCGUGAGGAAGAACCACCUUUCUUGGCUGGACAGACAAAGCAAUCUCUGGAGCUAUCCCCAAUUCGCGUCGUCAAGGCACCAGAUGGCUCUAUGAACCGAGCAGCAAUGUCAGGCACCAACUUGGCAAAAGAACGCAAGGAGCUGAAACAACAAGAGGCCGAUGCUGCUGCCAAGGACGAACCUAAAGAGAACCUUUCUCAGCAAUGGCAGGACCCCAUGGCCGAUCCCGACAAGAGAAAGUUUGCUAGCGAUUUGCGAAACGCUAGGAAGAACCAGCCCGCUGAGGAUGUCCCCGAAUGGAAAAAGGCAGUCAUUCCCAAGGGACAAUCGCUGGGCAAGCGUACAAAUAUGAGCAUCAAGGAUCAGAGAGAGUCUCUGCCUGUGUUUGCCUUCCGCACUCAGCUGAUCAAGGCUGUCCACGAGAACCAGAUCCUUAUUGUUGUUGGAGAGACAGGAUCAGGAAAGACGACACAAUUGACGCAAUAUCUUGCUGAAGCCGGCUUCGCCAACGAUGGUAUGAUCGGUUGUACACAACCCCGUCGUGUUGCCGCCAUGUCAGUCGCCAAACGUGUAGCUGAGGAAGUCGGCUGCAAGCUUGGUGAAGAGGUUGGAUACACGAUUCGAUUCGAGGAUUGCACCAGCCCGUCCACAAAGAUCAAGUACAUGACCGAUGGUAUGCUUCAGAGAGAGAUUCUGGUUGACCCAGACAUGAACCGAUACUCGUGCAUCAUGCUUGACGAGGCCCACGAACGUACCAUUGCCACUGAUGUACUGUUUGCUCUCCUCAAAAAGACCCUCAAGCGUCGUCCUGAUAUGAAAGUAAUUGUCACAUCAGCGACACUCGACGCAGACAAAUUCUCUGCAUACUUUAACGAAUGCCCCAUCUUUACUAUCCCCGGUCGAACCUUUCCUGUCGAAGUGCUUUACUCCAGGGAACCUGAAUCCGAUUACCUGGAUACUGCACUUGUCACAGUCAUGCAGAUUCAUCUUACCGAACCCAAGGGCGAUAUCCUUCUCUUCUUGACAGGCCAGGAAGAAAUUGACACAGCCUGUGAGGUCUUGUUUGAGAGAAUGAAAGCCUUGGGGCCCAACGUGCCAGACUUGAUCAUUCUACCCGUCUACGCGUCUCUUCCAACCGAAAUGCAGAGUCGAAUUUUCGAUCCCGCUCCGCCAGGCAGCCGCAAGGUUGUCAUCGCCACCAAUAUUGCAGAGACAUCCAUCACUAUUGACGAGAUUUACUACGUCGUCGACCCAGGAUUCGUAAAGCAAAAUGCCUACGAUCCCAAGCUUGGUAUGGACUCACUGGUUGUCACGCCUAUUUCCCAGGCCCAAGCGAAUCAGAGAGCUGGUCGUGCUGGCCGAACAGGUCCUGGAAAGUGUUUCCGCCUGUAUACCGAGGCAGCCUACCAGUCUGAAAUGCUUCCGACCACCAUCCCCGAAAUCCAACGCCAGAACCUGUCUACUACGAUUCUUAUGCUCAAAGCCAUGGGUAUCAAUGACCUCCUCCACUUUGACUUUAUGGACCCGCCCCCAAUUAAUACAAUGCUUACCGCGUUGGAGGAGCUCUACGCCCUCAGUGCCCUUGACGAUGAAGGUCUACUCACGCGUUUGGGACGAAAAAUGGCCGAUUUCCCUAUGGAACCUUCUCUCGCCAAGGUUCUAAUCGCUGCUGUUGAUCUCGACUGUGCCGAGGAAGUGCUUAGCAUUGUUUCCAUGCUGAAUAUCCCGACUGUGUUUUACCGCCCCAAGGAGAAGCAGUCCCAGGCAGACCAAAAGAAGGCAAAGUUCCACGACCCCCACGGCGACCACUUGACUUUCCUUAAUGUGUACAACUCUUGGAAAACGAGUGGCUACUCAGCACCGUGGUGUUUUGAGAACUUUAUCCAGGCGCGAUCAAUGCGUCGAGCCAAGGAUGUCCGCGAUCAAAUUGUCAAGAUCAUGGACCGAUACAAGCACCCUAUAAGAUCAUGCGGCCGCGCUACAGAAAAAGUCCGCCGGGCACUCUGCGCAGGAUUCUUUCGCAACGCCGCUCGCAAGGACCCCCAGGAGGGAUACAAGACCCUUAUUGAGGGUACUCCCGUCUAUCUGCAUCCUAGCUCGGCACUCUUCGGCAAGCAAGCCGAGUGGGUCAUUUAUCACGAACUUGUCCUCACUAGCAAGGAGUACAUGCACUGCACGACGAGCAUUGAGCCGAAAUGGCUCGUUGAGGCCGCGCCUACAUUUUUCAAGGUCGCACCUACGGAUAGGUUGAGUAAGAGGAAGAAGGCGGAGAGGAUCCAGCCGCUUUAUAAUAAAUUCGCUACAGAAGAUGAUUGGCGAUUGAGUGCGCAGAGGAAGGGUGGUAGAGGUGGUGGUGGAGGAGGUACUUGGGGUUAG